AUGCAGGCCUUGGAAGACAACAGGGAUCACUUCCAGGACGUGGAGGAAGAAGAGGCGGCGGUAUCCGAGGAAGGAGAGGACCUGUACGAUGAGGAAACCGGUUUCGUCGUCGGUCAAGACGAUAUCGAGCGAGAAGCUGAGGGAUUCGCCAAGCUUGGUAUUAACGUAGACGAGUACGAUGACUCGCUUAUCGAUGAAGAAGAGUACAUUGACGACCCUAGGGCGCGCAGAGCCGCCGAAAGGCGCAUCAGAUACGAGGAACAGCAGCGUCAGAUUGAAAGCCGCGGCCACCAACAGCUAUGGCGCAAGAUUCUCAGGUACGAUGAGGAGUCGGCGGAGGAUGGGAUAUUCGAGCGCAUCGUUCAGCGUGUGGAAAGCCGGCGCAAGCAGCUGCAGAAAGGCGACUCAGAUGCGCCUGAUUUCACCAUGCUUGAGGGUGCUAAGGCCGUGCUGCGCGCAGACCCAUCAGUGAGCCACUUCGACGAGAAGUUCCAGCAGGCCAUCGACACGCUCUUCAGGUACUUCCUGUACCGAUUCAAAUUGAACGAAAAGGACACGCGAUUCCAUUAUUUGGAUCGCAUCGAGAAGAUGAUUCAGGACGACGCGAACAUCCUCAAGGUAUCGGUGCCACACCUCAUGGCGUUCCAUUGUGAGAACAUGAUCCCGUGGCUAGAGUUCAACCCGAUCGGCGUGAUGCCAGUGCUCAACGACUGCGUCAAUGUGGAGGCCCACCGUAAGAGAAAGCGGCUGUACAAAGGUCGUCAUUGCAAGGUUGCGCUCAUCGACUGGCCGUUCACCACCCAGCUGUGCAACUUGCGGAGCAGGGAGCUUAACACGCUGGUCAAGCUCAGCGGCAUCGUCGUGCGCCGAGGCCUGGUGCUGCCAAAGCUGCGGGUGCUGUACCUGAAGUGCAGCCUGUGUGACGGUGGUGUUGACAUGCCGAUAUACUUCAGCGACCAGCAAAAACCGCUGCACCCCCAAAAGUGUGCCUACUGUGGCGCCGGCUCGUUCUCGGUGGACCGCAUCAACACGGUAUACGAUGACUACCAGAAAGUCACAAUACAGGAGCCCCCGCAAUCCGUGCAGGCGGGCCGAACGCCUAGGCAGCGUUCGGUUAUUCUGUCGGGCGAUCUCGUGGACUCGUGCCGCCCCGGUGACCUCAUACAGGUGCUCGCCAUAUACAAAAGCAGAUACGACGUUGCGCUGAACAUUAAGCACAACUUCCCCGUCCUGAAGACGGAGCUGGAGGCAGUCUCGGUGGAAGUUGAAACCAACCAAAGCAUCCAGGAGGAUCUGACAUCGGAAGACAUUCAGCAUAUCAAGAAGCUGGCCAGGGACCCCUGCAUUCGUGAAAGGCUCAUUGCAUCUGUGGCGCCAGCCAUAUUCGGCCAGAAGGCCGCAAAAACUGCCAUAUGCUGUGCCCUGUUCGGUGGCGUCGGUAAGGGCAGGGGAGCCAGUAACUCGGAGGCCGAGCCCACGCAACAGGGUGACGCCGAUGCGAACAGCUCUUCGUCCCACCGCAUUAGGGGCGACAUCAACGUCCUGCUCGUCGGAGACCCCGGUUUGGGGAAGUCGCAGUUCCUAACAUACGUACACAAGACAGCGCCCAGGAGCGUUUUAACCACCGGCAAGGGUGCUUCGGCCGUGGGUCUGACUGCGGGUCUCAGGCGCGACCCCGCCACGGGCGAGUGGUCUCUGGAAGGAGGGGCGCUGGUGCUGGCCGAUUUGGGCAUUUGCUGCAUCGACGAGUUCGACAAAAUGUCAAACAAGGAUCGAGUGUCGAUUCACGAAGCUAUGGAACAGCAGUCGAUUUCGAUUUCGAAGGCCGGCAUCGUCACUUCGCUAAAGGCCAGGUGCUCGGUUGUCGCCGCUGCGAACCCAAUCUUCGGUCGAUACGAGCCAUCGCUCACCUUCAAGGAGAACGUCGACUUUUCGGACCCGAUUCUCAGCAGAUUCGACCUCAUCAUCGUCAUGAAGGACGUGCCAAACACGCACGAAGACCUGCUGCUGAGCGAAUACGUCAUCACAAACCACCAACUGCUGCACCCCAAAAUAGAGAACGUGGCAAACUACGAGCAGGUUGUGCAGAACCUCAAAAACAAGAUCAGCUCAUCAUCUGCGUGCCAGCCGCUCACUCAAAAGGAAUUCUCCAACUACCUGCGAUAUGCGAAGGCCAAUUGCUCACCAGUCAUCUCCCCGGAAUUCUACCGUGUGAUCGAGGGCAAGCUGGCCGGAUUUUAUAGCUCCAUCCGACAGAAGACGGCCUAUGGCGGCGGAUAUCCGCUGACGCUUAGGCACAUCGAAUCGGUGAUCCGCAUUGCGGAGGCCAACGCAAAGAUGAGGCUUUCGAACCACAUCAAUGCCGACGAUGUGGACAUGGCCAUCGCCACCCUUCUAGAGUCGUACAUCUCUUCGCAACGCCACUCCGUUGCCUGCAAGCUCGCGAGGGAGUACUCGCGCUACCGCAUGAUCUUCGAGGGUGACGACCACGUGCUCGUACAGAUUCUGCGCAACACCAUCCAGGCGCAGAUCGAACGAAACUUGCGCCGAAGGGACGCCAUGAAGCUCCAUCGUAGCGAAACUGAGAUGGAGCUUGACGACGCCGAAGUUGACAUUGCUGCCGAGGCCACCGUCGACAUCCCACUUUUCAUUCAAAUCGCAAAGGGUUUCAAGUUCGACCCGGACCGUGUGACGCGCUGGCUGCAUUCUAGCUCGUUCAACGAUUCCUUCAGCAUUGUCGAGCGUGAAGGCAAGGAGUGCAUCGUAGUCAAAACCGUAUAG